AUGAACAUCUUUAGGUUGUCGGGCGACUUUUGUCACUUUGUUGCUAUAAUAAUAUUACUUUUAAAAAUAUGGAAAACGAGGUCUUGUUCGGGUCUUUCUGGGAAAUCCCAGAUAGCGUUUGCGGUCGUCUUUUGCACCCGCUAUUUGGACUUAUUCACAACUUUCGUCUCUGUCUAUAACAGUUUGGCGAAAAUUGUGUUUAUUGUCUCCUCUAUCACCACUCUGUAUUUGAUUUAUGUCAAGUUCAAGGCGACUUAUGACAGCAAUCACGACACUUUUCGCGUCGAAUUUUUAAUUACAGCUUGCGCAGUACUAGCUCUUCUUGUUAACCAGGAGUUCACCUUUAUAGAGAUUCUUUGGACGUUCUCUAUAUACUUGGAGUCCGUAGCCAUAUUGCCGCAACUUUUCCUAAUAUCUAAAACGGGGGAAGCUGAAACAAUAACUUCCCAUUACUUAUUCGCCCUCGGCUCAUAUAGAGCGCUAUAUAUACUUAAUUGGAUCUACCGCUACCUUGUGGAAUCAUUUUUUGAUCCAAUAUCUGUGGUCGCAGGCAUCAUCCAGACUCUGCUCUACCUGGACUUUUUCUACCUUUACAUUACCCGAGGUAACAUUCUCCUUAUUGUCUAA